GAGUCGAUCAUUUUCAUUUUCAUUUUCAUUUUCGUAGCGCGGAAGUCCAAGACGAAGGGGGCCGAUUAGAGAGAUCGAAGUACAUGGAAAAUCUUCCUCCUCUUCGCAACGGCGACUCACAAAUCGUGGUCCUCUCCUCCUCCACCGCUCUGUUAACAUAGCCUUUCAAUCACUCAACUGCUCCAUUUCUCGCCGGCCGACGGGUAAUCAUGGACGUCGAUCCUCCUCUCUACGACCUCAUCGCUAUCAAUGAUGGUGAUAUUCAGAACAUUGUUCUAUCGUACCUUGUUCAUAACUGUUAUAAAGAAACUGCAGAGUCGUUCGCUAAUUGUACUGGGCUUAAGCAGCACACGGAUUAUCUUGUUCACAUGGAAAAAAGAAAAAGAAUUUAUGAUUUUGCAGUAGAAGGGAAUGCACUUAAAGCCAUUGAGUUAACAGAAGAGUUAGCACAGGGUUUACUUGAGAAUAAUGAGGACCUGCAUUUUGAUCUUUUAAGCCUUCAUUUUGUUGAACUUGUAUGCUCUAGGAAAUGCACAAUGGCCCUGGAAUUUGCUCAGGUCAAGCUUGCUCCUUUUGGGAAGUUGCAUAAAUAUGUGGAAAAACUUGAAGAUUUUAUGGCCCUCCUUGCUUAUGAAGAACCAGAGAAAUCUCCAAUGUUUCAUCUUCUUAGCGUGGAUUAUCGGCAAAGAGUAGCAGAAAGUCUAAAUCGAGCAAUUCUUGCGCAUGGAAAUUUGCCGAGCUAUACAGCAAUGGAAAGGCUGAUCAAGCAGGCGACUGUAGUUAGACACUCCUUAAGCCAAGAGCUAGGCACGGAUGGGCUUCAAUCAUUUUCUUUGAGCGAUUUUCUGAAGAGCUAAUUCAAAGAGUUCGUUCUGGCUCACAGCAACGAGAUGCAUCCAGCUUCUGAUCUUGUUGCCACCCACAGCUGUGGUAUGGAAGUUUGGUCUUCUCUUUGUAUGCUUUAGGUGCCGUGUAGGCCGUAAACUGAGUCAUCUAGGUCCCCUGAGCAAAAGCUCGUUUCCUUUCACUUUGGUGACCUAGUUGUUCUAAUGCCUUGUAUUGUGUUUGUACAUGCUGUCUCUAAUUUUGCUGCUUGAUUUUUUCUUUUGUUUUUUUUUUCCCCCAAAAUUUAUGUGUAUCGAGAUAUUGGCUCAGU